GUUUGACGGUAUUUUAAAACGUAAAGGUGUCUAAAUUGCGCUCUCGCAGCCGACAAAUCAUACCGUCAAAUUGAAAAUAAAAUAACAGUUAUAAAGCUGCACCACAACAGCUAGUGAAUGAUUCGACGAGUAGUGUGUUGUGUAUGCGUAGAAAUCUCAAACUGAUUCCGAUUGUGAGAUUACAAAAAAGAAAAAAAACAUACAUAUAUAUCUUGAAAUUGCAAUAUUUGUAUAAAAGGCAGCCACAACGGUUGGCACGCAGAUAAUUUCAUUUUAAUAUUCAUUGCAAACACACACGUAAACCGCACAUAGCUCACGCGCUAAUCGACGACUAUACUUAUGUAUAUACCUGCAUACACAAAAUAAUAGCGACAGUGUUAAAUAAAUAUUAGUUCUUACAACAAACAAAUAAUAAUUUUAAAUACAUAUUAUACAAAGUGUACUUUCAUUUAUUUGUUGUUGCUUUUAGUGUAUUUAGUCAAAAUUGCUUUUACAAAAAAAAAAAAUAAAUAUAAUAUAUACAACAACUGAAUAACAAAAAGUGCAUUUAAGCAAGAGAAAAGUACAAAUUAUUAAACAUAGAAUUUGUAACACUACAACAAAGUGCUAAAACAACAAACAAGCAAAUCAUCUUCUAACUAAAUACCAACCACCAACUAGUCGUUUUAAAGAGUGCAUUGAAUUCAACAAUAAACUGACGUCGAACAUGAAUUUCACACGCCAGCUAUCGGAAAUGAGCGCCAGUGAACUUAAUGACGCCAUUGACGACACCAAUUUCCCACAGGCGCAUAUCCUGUCACGUGGCCGCAACAACAGCGUCUGCUCGACAAGCUCCGCUUCGGGCAUAAUACCGCUUAUGGAUCGUGCCCUCUCGCAGACAGAUGAAGUGGUUGGUACUACCACGGCCAACAGCAUUGGCACUUCUGCUACCACACCAGGUGGCGUCAAUACGAAUGUUGGUGGUGGUGGUCCCACUAAUGCGCUAGUCAACGAUGCAGUGAUUACGACACCACCUGUCGCCUUUACACGCCCGAAAUUGAUGUUGAAAACAAAUGGCAUCAUACCCGAGCAUGAGGCGGACGCACCAAUGACCCCAAAAACUCCGCGUACAUCGACGACACCAGGUCAUGAAAAUUGCACAUUCCAUCAUGACCUCGAACUGGAUCACAAACCUCCUACGCGUGAGGCUCUUUUACCCGAGUUGUCGCGUUCUUAUCGCCUCUUGCUGAGUGGUCUGGGUGAAAAUCCCGAGCGACAGGGCUUGCUGAAGACACCCGAACGUGCGGCAAAGGCCAUGUUGUUCUUUACGAAGGGUUACGACCAGAAUUUGGAAGAUGUUCUUAACGGCGCUGUCUUCGAUGAGGAUCACGAUGAAAUGGUUGUCGUCAAGGAUAUUGAAAUGUUUUCCAUGUGCGAACAUCAUAUGGUUCCGUUCUAUGGAAAGGUUUCUAUUGGCUAUUUGCCGUGCAAUAAGAUUUUGGGGCUCAGCAAGUUGGCAAGAAUUGUGGAGAUCUUUUCACGACGCUUGCAAGUGCAGGAACGUCUGACCAAGCAGAUUGCCGUUGCCGUCACACAGGCCGUACAACCAGCUGGAGUAGCUGUUAUCAUUGAAGGAGUUCACAUGUGUAUGGUAAUGCGAGGCGUACAGAAAAUCAAUAGCAAAACUGUGACCUCAACAAUGUUAGGCGUCUUUCGUGACGACCCCAAAACCAGAGAGGAAUUCUUGAAUCUCGUCACCAGCAAAUAAGUACUUGCACUUGAAUAUUUGGACUGGAGAUGCGACAAAACAUUCCGAUGAACCGAAGUACAUAAAGGCGGAAAUUUUUAUAACGAAUGCUGCUAUUAUACAAUAUUUUAAAGAAAACUAUAUAUGUACUUAAAUAUAAAUUGCAUAUUGUAUAAGAAAUAAUAUACAUAUUAAUAUACAUACAUACAUUUAUAUAAAAAUACUUAACCCGAAAAGAAAAGAAAAAAGAAAAAUAAACAUCCAGAAAGAGAAUUGUAUUGUACUUAAACGGCCAACACGAAAGUUACCGUGAAUGUUGGAGAAGUAAAUAUUUUUUGAAUGUCGUACAAGACAAAUGAGCGCAUUAAAAAACCUAAUAAACUUUAAAAUAAAUAUCAAGGCUAGAUGGAUUAUGGAAUAUUAUUUUGUGAAUUAUACAAAAAGUGAGAUAAAAAUAAAGAAUAGUUGUAUUCGAUGCAAAAUUAGCCCAUCACAAGCCAGCAAUCCAAAUCAAGAGCGUAAGGGAAAAUUCUCUCUUAAAGACCAGAAAAAACAAAAAAGUUAAAGAACGCAAAAUUUGCUAUCAGUGGCGAAAAGCGGUAGAAGAAGAGUUGUCAGCUAAGAUUGUGUAGAAAUCUUGUGUAUUUAUCAUAAAUAUGAUUUGUAUACAAUUUCCGUUUUAUUGCUUCUAGAAAACUAGAAACUGCCCAUUUCAGGCGGACGCAGGAAAGAGCAAAAGUGUUGAAAAGACCAGAUUCACCAGAAAUAAAUUUGUUUGCUUGAAACAGUACAAUCAUAUAUGUAGUAUGCUUUAAGAUGAUAUGUUUUUGUGAUGCUUAAUUUUUGCAGCCUCUUACAUCGAACUGUCACUUAGCUCUAACUUUUUAAGUGAUUGAUGAUGUUUCAGUGUAAUCGAACACCUAUUUGCAAAAAUUAUGAAUAACUAUUACACAAUUUUGUAUUAUCGAACGCAACUAAAGGGAAUAAUCGUGUUAAAAAUUAUAUGAAAAGUAAAAAUUUGAUUAAUAAUAACAAUAAAAAUAAUUUGAAUAACAACACAAAUAACACAAAUGUUAUAAUAAUAAAGUUUGGAAAACUUACAGGAAAUGCACUAAAAGAGUAACAUUUAAUAAAAAAAGAAGCUGUAAGAUGAACCUGAAAAUUUUUGAUAAAACUUACUUUAAUGAAAUAAGCAACGAAAAAGUGCGGCAAUCUUGCAUUGUUACAUUCAAGCUGAAUUAUCUAUUAGAAAGACCUAUUUUGCGAAAUAUAAAAAAAAUGUUUUUGUUGACUUAAGUUAAUAUAAUACUUUUACCAUUGAAAAUAUAUUUCUUAAAACUAUGCACUUAAGAAAAGGUUCUUAAUAGUUAAUAAGGUGUUGGAGAAUGGAAAAUAAUUAAUGUUAAUUUAUUGUAUGAGAAAAAGAAGAAAUCUGCUUGCCAUUUAUAAACUGCAAAGAAUGGAAAAGACGCAUAAGGACUUUGUAAAAAAUAAUCAUACGUUCUAAAAUAUGCUUUCAUGUAAAAAAUAUGCCUAUAUUUAUAACAAAAACAAAAAAAAAAAAAAAAAAUUAAUAAUAAUAGUAUUGAAAGAAU